AUGGCAUCAAAGGGUCACUUUAGCAUCUCCAAAGUGGGUUUGGAUCCGAUGAGUGACAGCGGCAGCGACACAGAGCCCCUCACAGAAUUGAGCGACAGCAAUAGCGAUUCAUGGCAAGAUUCGUCAUCCGACUCUGACACUGACCAGAGAAGUAGCGACAGCGACGAUUCUGCACCUGAGCUCAGUGAUGUGCGCACUUGGUGCCCUAUUGAUUGCGAUGACGUCAUUGAAAAGAUUGUCACGGAGACAAAUCGCUACAACGAGCAGCAAUCCGCUACUCUGCAUAGCAAGUUUUCCAGGAACAGAAAAUGGGAACCGGUAGCUAAAGAGGACAUCUGGAAGUUUCUUGGGCUAAUACUUCUUCAGGGGGUGGUGGGGAAACCCCUGCAGAAAUGGUACUGGACUACCAAUAAAUUGCUGGCAACCCCAUUUUUUGGCACCAUCAUGUCUGAGUACCGAUUUUCCCUCAUAAUGAAGAAUUUGCACUUCACCAACAACGAGGAAUUUGACGAAGCCACACAUCCAGCGCCAAAACUCAAGAAGAUCUGGGAAGUAUACCAAAUGCUCCUAAAAAAUUUCCAGCAGGCCUAUGUGCCAAAUAGAGACAUCAGCACUGGUGAAAGUAUGAUGGCUUACAAGGGACGCCUCAGCUGGAUUCAAUACAUCGCAUCCAAGAGAGCACGGUUUGGAAUAAAAUCCUAUAUGCUCUGCGAGUCUGCCACUGGCUAUAUAUGGAAUUCCGUCAUAUACACCGGUAAAGGAACACAAUUCAACCCCAGGUACAGCGGCUAUGGGAUGGCAUCGUCAUCAGUCCUUACACUGCUUGAGCCAUUGCUGAAUCAGGGGUAUUGUGUGACAACGGACAACUUUUACACAUCGCCUGAGCUGUACGAGUUUCUGCUAAAACACAAGACUGAUGGAUAUGGAACCGUUAGGGCCAACCGACGUGAUCUGCCAUCUAUGUUUGCCAAGAAAAAACUGAAAACAGGAGAAAUGGUUGCCUGGCAGAAAGGAAAGAUGAUCGCAAUGCGUUGGCGUGACAAAAAAGACGUGUGCCUCAUGAGUACAGUGCAUAACACCUCCACUGCCAUGGUCCACACAAGAGGUGGGAAAGAUGUCAUGAAGCCACAACUUGUGAUUGACUACAACAACACCAUGGGAGGAGUCGAUAGAGCCGAUCAGGCGAUGACAUUUUAUCCGGCUAUGCGGAAACAACAAAAAAAAUAUAAUACAAAAAAAUCUUCAGCAUCUCCUGGAACAAUGCCUCUGGAAUGCCUAAAUACUGCACAGAGGAAAGAGUGA